CUCUUCUGCUUCUUGCUGAUCCGACGUUGCUUCACCGUCGUUGUUAGUGUUUCACACGUUACGGGCAAAUGGUCAACUCCUGGUCUAGCUUGUCACCUGUGUCAAUUUCGUCCUUGUAAAUAGAGAAAUCGCGUCCCCUUAUUGACAAUACUUACCCUUAUCAAACAAUUUCAACAUCGGGUCCGUUUGAUAACUCGUGUAGACUAAUAGGAAUAUAAAUUUCAACCCCGGGACUGCUUGGCGUCUCACGUAGACUACCGCGAAACGGUUGCAGUGUUGCAGCUGACUCCUUCCACUUGGGAGCUCUAUGCAGACUCUUCCUUCCCCCUCCCCCACUAAAGAGGAGGAGUCUAUAAAUGUGGCAGACCGAGAGUGGUAGAGGCAGUCUUGAAAGCACGCUGAAACGCUUUUUGUUUUGGUAGCUCUGCUAGUCUGGCCGGGGAGCGCUGAAGUAUACCUGCGGUACAUGAGCUCUGCAUCUAGUCAUUUGCCCGUGGAACUGUCGUUGUGACGGACCUGGGAGCGCACCAGCGGGAAGCGGCGGAUAUCAGUAAAUGCUUGGGUAGAAUUCGCGGGAACGUGGCCGAGUAACUAAGAAUCGGUAAAAAUGGAAGUCGCUGUUGCAGAGGAGAAGAAGAAAAUUUUCCGUGCCAGGAAAACCAUGAAGAUCAGUGAUCGCCAACAACUUGAGACACUUCACAGCACCUUGUUGUCGAGCGGGGCCACCCUGUCUAAUCCCUCUCCGCCUCCUAUGCAGAAUGGAAGGCACAAGGAGGACGGGCAUAAAGCGCUGGAUAAGGAACGCCACGACACAUCCGACUCCCAGGCUAUGUCGCCAACCUCACCAGGGUCCUGCGGCUCGCCCACACCUUCGCUGUCCCUCAACUUGUCCCCCUCCCCUCCUAUUUGUGAGGCUACCACUUUCCCCACGUCCCCAUUCCGUUCUCUGAACUUUGACCUCGGCAAGAGCGCUGACGGGGUCAUGGAAGGCUCUCCAUCCAAUGGCAGCUCGGCGGCGGCUCCAACGCAGCCCAAGGCUGGCAAUGACGCCAAGGCCGCCAAAAUGGAUACCAUCACUGAAAACAAAAAGGAUGAAAAAGCUACAGCAGAGCCACCAGCCACAGACUCUUCGAAAGAGUCGGGUAAAAAUUCAGUGUCGAAUUCUUCGCCUCCCACCCCUCCCCCCAUCAAAAAAGUGGAGAAAGACGGCCGUUCAGAGUCGGGCAUCACACAGGACAUGGAAGUGGUUGGUGACACUACGAUAGCGAAAAACUCAACAGCAAAAACGAAAACAGACAAACCCUCUUCACCAAAACCCUCUCCAUCUCCAUCCACCUCCACGACUCUGAUGAAGCAGCACGAAAUCAAAGUUCUGGAACCAAAAGAGGAGAAGAAGGUGCCGGGAAAAAGUAAACAGAAGGACGCCAAAGACGAGGUCAUUAAGGAUGUUAAAGAGGAUGGUAAGAAGGGGGCUACAAAGGCAGAGAAGAUGGAGGUUGACUUUGUGAAGGUUGACGCAAAGAAGGAAAAGAAGGAUGCUGCUGUAAAGACCCCAAAGUCGUUUCGUCCCUCCUUCACCCCUCUGGUAUACACAGACGUGCAGGAAAAGAGCAACACCGUAGGUCUGAAGCGAGUGUUGUCCGAGGGCGAGGAGAAAGAGAAGGUUGAGCGGGAUGGGAAACGGCCCAAGAUCGACGGAGUGGAACUAGAAGCUCAACUGGAGCUCAAGAUUACUGCAAAAGCUGGCAGUCGCCUUAAACUUGAAAAGGUGGUGCAGCAGUUGGUCGAGGAUCGGUUGCGAGUCUUGCAGCAAACAGUUUUUGACCAGAACUUACAAGAACUGAAGGAGAGAGUACUGAAGAUCGACUCUGCCACCAAACACCAAUCAACACUAAACACACUUCAAGCAAAGAUAUCCCGGCUCACUAAGAAGUUUGGCGAGGCAAACCAGGCCUUGGAGAACAAAAGAAAACAGGAGGUUAUUGCUGCGGCAACUGCUGCCGCCACGGCAACUGCCGCUACCAGUGCAACCGCUGCCGCUGCUAUGGCAGUCCAAACCGCUGCUGCUGUUGCCAGGGCUCCGGGACCGUCGGGUUCUCCUUCAAUCCCACGGCUAGUCCGGACGUCCAUGGAGAUAAAGCAGACGAUGGCAGGCCCUGCUUCCGCUCCUACUACUACUACUGCUACUCCUGCCCAUUCUCUGACGACCCAAGCACUCGUCCCCGCCACCUCAGUGGUCUCUGCCCACACCCCGAUCCUCCAGCUGAUCACCUCCAGCGCCAACACCCUCUCCUCCCUUACCUCGGGAAGUAUCACCACUCAAAGCCCCACAGGAACCCUCCUGGUCAAGGCCACCUCCGGGAGUGGCAUGGUGGGCCAGGGGCAGCAGCUGCUUAUCCAGCUUCCGUUGGUGUCGUCCUUCUCCGCCGGCUCUUCCCUCAACAAGGCAAAGACCACCACCCCCACCACCACGUUCAUACUGAAGCCAGCCACCGCCACCGUCAUGACAGCCCUGCAGAACAGUACAGGUCAGAUGUCCCCAGCACAGAUCUCCCUGGCACGGGCCGUCUACCAGGGCGGAGCCGGGGGCAUUGGCUCUCCAAACGCCGGGGUGUCGAUAACCACAGCCAGAGCCCCAGCACAGCUGAUGUCUGUGGCUGGAGCAGUUACAUCCACCUUGAGCCUUGCCACCUCCGGACCGGCCGCAACUGGCUCCACGGCCCCGGGACCUCCACAGGGGACAUCUUUGACCUCCAAGACAGACAAUCAAACUCCAAGUGGCACUCCAACCAAGGUAGCAUUGUCCACACCAAGACCUAAAGGUUCGGUCAUAGACCUUACUGAGGACGAUGACGAUGUGCAAGUGACGGGAGUUAAGAAGGCCACAGUCCCGCCCUCGCCUGUUACCACACGUCCUGUGAUCACCAUCCCUAACAAUCCUGCAUCAAGGUCAUCGCCACAAAUCCAUCUGAUCGGUGCAAAUAGUCCUCAAGUGACAGUCCAUCACCCUCCAGUGGAUCGCCCUGCAACCACACCUACAAGCCGGCCCCCACCCACUGUGCUACCUCCCCUCCCCAUGGCCCAGCAGCCCGUGGGACGUCUUCCCAUAGAGGCCAUCCAGACCUCUCCCCCGCAGCAGCCCCAGCUCAAGCUAGUGCCCAGCCCGACCGGCAUCGUGCUGUCCUGGUGCGUGGCAGAAACUGACCGCUCCUGUGCUGCCGUCGACAGCUACCACCUGUUCGCCUUCCACCAGGACAACGCCAACUCCAACAGUUCUGCCCAGCAGCAUUGGAAGAGGAUUGGGGAGGUGAAGGCCCUCCCACUGCCCAUGGCCUGCACACUCACCCAGUUCCAGUCUGGCUCCACCUACCACUUUGCUGUGCGAGCCAAAGACAUCUAUGGCCGCUUUGGCUCCUUCUGUGAGCCCCAGUGUACCAAUGUCAUCCAUUCCAACACCAGUUGAGCUUAGAAGCUAUCAUGGAUAGAAGUGUUUUGGUGAGUGAUAAGUCAUGGUGACUCCUUUCACUGCAUCGAUGGUGUUAAGAACAUUUUACCUUCCUAUUACCAAAAUGCAAAGGUGUUUACCAUUUUUGGUAUCUGCAAGUGAUUCUGGCGGCUAUGGUUAGUUUGCUGCCCAGUGGAUACGUUGUUUAUUGCCAGUAUAGGCAGUUGUACAUAAUGAGAUUGUUUAGACCCUACUGAAUCAGAUAUUUAUGAUGUUGACAUCUGUUCUGCUGACUCAUGUUAUGUUCCUGUUCUGGACAGUAGACGACAGAACAAUCAAUGUUAGAAUUUGCAGAAUCUGAAUGAUUGUAUGUUUUUUAUGUUUUGUCUGGCAACCAGACUUUGACAAACACAAUAAAUGUUUUUUUAUAAA